AUGCAUGAAGACGGUUUCCGGCUGGGGCGCGCGUGGGGAGACGGCCAGGGGCCGGUGCCGGCGAAUAAGCCGGGAGUUGUUGGGAGCGGAGGAGGAGGGGCGGGGGGAGGGGAGGGGGUGGUUGGGUUGGAUUGGCAGACGGUGGAGCAGGUGUUGGCUGGGGAGGGACAAGAGUACCUCCUGGUGAGAGCUUUGGUGUACCUGGAGGUUCUCGUGCUGUGCAUCUCCGCUGCUGGUGGUGGCGGAGUGGGCAAUGGGCGUAACCCCACUCCUUUCCCUCCUCACGACACUGCCUCAUCAGCCAAGACCCAUCCCCACCGUUCUCAACACCCCCCCAUUCCAGCACCCUGUUCCCAACCCCCCCGUUCCCAACCCCCCCGUUCCCAACCCCCUUCGUUCCCAACCCCCUCGUUCCCAACCCCUCUUGCCUUCCCUCCUCUCCCCAGGGGCGACAACCAGCACGGGCAACUGGGCCGCCCGGAGCCCUCCCGGGACGGCAGCCCUGCGCCAGUGCAGGGGCUGGAGCACCUGGAGGUGCUGCUGGUGGUGGCAGACUGGUGGCGACCUUCCCUUCCCCCCGCCUCUUCCUCUCCCCUUAGCACCCUCUCUCAACUGCCCCACCGUUGUCAGCCCCCUCACGGGCAGCUAGGCCGCCCAGCGCCCCCUCAGGACGGCACCCCGGCGCUAGUGCAGGGGCUGGAGCACCUGGAGGUGCUGCUGGUGGUGGUGGGGUCGCAGCAGGGCCUGGUGCUGUGCCGCGCACUGCAGGGCUCUGAAGCCGCCCUGGAGCCCCAGGAGUUUGACGACACACGUGUGUCGAGGGUUGGGUGCAGCAGGGAAGCGGCAGGGGCUGUGGCCGGGGGCGGGGGAGGAAGUGCGGGGGAGAAUUGGGGGGAGCGAGUCGGGGGAGGGGCGUCAGCAGCGGAGCAGGGGGGCACGGGCGGCGAGGGGGCAGUGGCGCGGGACAUGUGGAUGAAGUUUGGGGAGGAGUUCAAGAUGCUGCCCCGGCAGGGCAUGGACAGCAGCAUGAGGAACCCGUGCUGGCGCGUGCAGGCGGGGGGUGCGGCGGGGAGUGCGGGGAGUGGGGGCAAUGAGGGAGCGGCAGGACCUGAGGCGCACUGCCUGCCGUACUUCUUCAUCAUUGGUGCCACCAGCUCAAUCGCAGUCCUCUAUAUCGUCCUCCCUUUUCUGCUUCCCUGCCUCUCGUCCUCUCCCCUCCUGCCACACAACAACCACCAUCCUCAUCUCCCCACAGCCACUCCCCUCCCUCCCCUCUUCUCGUGGGACCGCAAUGGCGCACGGGACUUUGCGUGGUACGUGUCGCUGUUUGACGAGGCAGCGCAGCACAUGGUGACAUGCGAGGCGUCCAGCACGCUGCUCACAAGCUCAGGCGUGGUGUUGCGAGGCCAUGUGGACGUCAGGCACACGGUGCCGCAGCUGCUGCACCUGGUGUUGCCCAGGAGCAAGUUCAUUGUGAUUCUCAGGAACCCCGUCGACCGUUUCUUCUCCGAGUUUAACCUCGCUGCCGCUGUCAACCCCUCGCCCUCCGUGCCCAGGGACUUUCAUAAAUACGCUCGAGAUGCCACAGCGCGCAUGAGUGCGUGUGUGGAGAAGGGGGGUGUGCAUGCGUGUGUGCGGAAGCUGUUCAGAGACAUGCCGGACCUGUGCGGAUCAUUCUAUGCUUACUUCAUCCAG